GUCCUACCCCCACCCCUCUCACCAUAACAAUAGUUAAAGUCCUCUUCCCCGGAUGACCAGACCUAAAACCUACCUAACCUUACUAACUUCCAAGCACCCAUAGAAAGUUCGGAACCCCCACAAUAUUAAACAGAAAAUAUUUAUUUUGAUAUGUGGUACCAAUGAAAGGAACUUUGGUGAAGCGUCAUGGUGUACAGGAAAAUGGAUAAAACAAAGAACCAUAAAGCCCUGUUUACAUGUCAGGGCCAAAACCAAGUUGAAAAUGACACCAAGAAACAUAACUUAAACAAGAUAAGUAAAUUUGUUGAUGUAGAUUUGGACAUUUUCGAUGAUGAAGAUGAUGACAUUCUUGCCCAAGCCUGUGAUAACAGUGAGAAAAUGAAUGUCACAAAUAUUGGAGGAGCAGAGCACACAUCUAUGGGUCAUGGCUCAGAAGCAGCGAAAGUGUUGCCCUAUGCAUCUGUACCUCAGUCCACACCUCUAGAAUCUCUUCCUGGUUUUGAUGCAGAGGCUGGUCAAACAUGGGUCUACCCUAUUAACUAUCCAAUAAGGGAAUACCAGUUUUCUGUUGUUGAAGAAGCAUUAUUUAAAAAUACUCUUAUCUCACUUCCCACAGGCUUGGGGAAAACAUUUAUAGCUGCUGUUGUGAUGUAUAAUUUCUAUCGUUGGUACCCAAGAAGUAAAAUUGUGUUCAUGGCACCUACCAAACCCCUUGUGACUCAGCAAAUUGAAGCAUGUUACAACAUUAUGGGCAUCCCACAAAGUGAUACAUCACAAAUGACAGGUUCAGUGGCUCCAGAAAAUAGGAUUAAAGCAUGGACAGAAAAGCGAGUAUUCUUUCUUACACCUCAAGUUUUAACAAAUGAUUUAGCACGGGGGGCUGCUCCAGCAACAUUGAUCAAGUGUUUGGUGUUGGAUGAAGCUCACCGUGCACUUGGUAAUCACGCAUAUUGUCAGGUGGUCCGUGGACUUAGGCAGCAUCAUCAUGAUUUCCGUAUUCUGGCUCUCUCAGCAACUCCAGGAUCAGAUUUGCAAGCUGUUCAGCAGGUGUUAACAAAUUUGAUGAUAUCACAUAUUGAACUACGAAAUGAGGACAGUCCAGAUAUACAGUCAUAUGUCCACCAGCGCAGUAUUAACAAGGUGGUGGUUCCAUUAGGAGAACUCCUCACAAGCCUCAAAACAAGGUUUCUCACUGUAGCAAGAGUGUAUGUCAACAGAUUACUAGAUAUGAAGGUGUUGUAUACGAAAGAUGAAACAACAUUGACAAAGUUUCAGAUUCUCCAGGCUCGAGAAGCUUUCCGCCAGUGUCCCCCAGGCAACUUAUCACGGCAGAAAUAUGGUAUUGUGGAAGGUCUCUUUGCACUCUGUAUGACACUCUACCACUCAUAUGAACUUUUGAUGCAGCAUGGUGCGAGGUCAUUUUAUAAAUUUCUGAAAGGUACACUAAAUGGAGAUAAGGGCUACAGUUAUGCGAGGUCUGAACUCCUUCGCAAUCAAGUCUUCCAGCAGCUCAUGGAUGAAUUAGCAGAGAAGUUUGAACCAAAGAUCAGUUUGUCCCAGCCUUCAAAACACAGCUCUCCUGGUACAAAGAUUGGCAGUCCUCACCCAUCCAAGGCUAAUAAUGUUCAUUUUUACGAGAUAAGUCAUCCUAAAAUGGCUAAGUUACUAUCCAUUGUGAUUGAUCACCACAAGAAGUGUGCUGAUGAAGAAAAGUCAACAAGAAUUAUGAUUUUUUCUCAGUACAGAGAGAGUGUUAUAGAGAUCACAGAAAUGCUGCAGUGUUAUCACCCUCUUGUGAAAGCCAUGAGCUUUCUUGGACAAUCUUCUAAAGUUCGUGGUGAACGUAACAUUUCACAGAAGGAGCAGUUGAAGGUGGUGAGUGACUUUAGAAGUGGAGAAUUCAAUACAUUGGUUUCUACUUGUGUAGGAGAAGAAGGUCUGGAUAUCGGAGAAGUGGAUUUAAUUAUAUGUUAUGAUGCACCAAAAUCUCCCAUCCGUUUGGUGCAGAGAAUGGGCCGAACAGGACGUAAGCGAGAAGGUCACAUAGUGGUGCUGGUCACCAGGGGCAAAGAAGAGCAAAUGUACAAUCAGAGUCAGUUUCAGAAGAAAAAAAUUAAUGAAGCCCUUACCGACAAGAACAAACUAAUUCGGUAUCUCAGCCCAGACAAUGCUCGCAUGGUGCCCAGAGGUAUGACACCAGUCUGCAUGAAGCUGCACAUGCAGAUGAAAGCUUGGAAAACUCAGACAGGCAAAGGUAGAAAGUCAUCAGUGGGGUCUGGUAACUCAAUUUCUGCAAUGCUUCAUAACUCCAGCUCAUCCUCAAAUAUUAAGGGAAAGGAUCAUGUUAAUGGUAGUUACCUCUCGCAAGAGGAGCUGGCAUGGUGGAAGGAGAACCUUCAGGUGCCACUUAGUGAUGUCAAAACCAUACCAAGACCAUCUUUAAUGUACCUGAAAAAACAAGAACUGGAAGAGGACUCCAACAGUAUGAGCCACAUAGACUUGGGGACUUACCAGCCAUGGCAGACCAUGGCCCAGACCACACAUGUGAUUGGUCACUCUCCCCGUACACACCAUUUUGUUAAGCUUGUUGAAUUUAUUAACCUUCAACAGCUUUUUGAUGGUGAUGAUGAUCCUUAUGGCUUAGAGAUGGCAUCCUUCUUGGACAUGGCUUACAUUGAAGAUGACAGUGUAAAGAAACCAUCAUUGUUCUCUUCAGUAGAAAAAGAUCUGUGUAUAGGUACUCAGCAUACAUUAUCUCAGGAGAAAGAUGAUAAAGAUAGAAAGAAAAGGGGGAGGAAGAAAUGUUUGUCAUCAAAAGAAAACAAUGCAAAAAAAUCUAUUCAUAGUUCCCUCAUUGCAACAAUGUUCAGUCAGAAGUCUCAGAGUAAUAUAGAGAAACAAAAAUUGAUUGACUGUCAAGAUUUAGACAAUUUUGAUAUUGGUAAUGAAGUAAUAAUUGUGGAAGAAUGUGAAGGAGAAACACAUGAAGACAAGAUGACAGAUGUUGAUAAUCCUGUAUGUAAUGUGAGGGAAAGUACCUCUAAGGAGAAUUUUGACCUUUCUGGAGAUGUGUUUGAGUUUGUAGUUUUCCAGCCACUAAAACAGCAGUCCCCACUUCAUAUCCAUACACCACCAGUGAAAGAGGAUUUUUCUAAAGAUGAUCAUGAUAGUGAACCUGCUAGUCCAUCAGACAUCUUAACAGAGUAUAAAGUAUGGAUGGAAAAGAGGAAAGGGGACAUUAUAAAGAACCUUCACAAGUCAAGCAAAAGAACUUUAGAUUCAUAUACUCCAAAUAAAUCCAUUAAACCUUUGACAAAAGGGAACUCAAAGAAUUUUGAGUUUAUGACUCUGAUUGAAACAAAUGACUCCUCAGAUGAAUUACCUGAUCUUCUUGGAGGUCAAGAGAAGAAUACCAAUAAGAAGAACUCCACAGCAGAAAUUAUAAUAGAGGCAACAUCUCCAGUAUUUGGAAAUAAAGGGACUCUGAUAGAAAGUAUAGGUAAAAAUAAUAAAACUGUCAUUGAAAAUGAAAAAAGUAAGGGACAAAAUAUCCCUUCUCCAGAUAUUUUUGACAGAACUACAGCUUCAGCGAAGAUAAAUAUUUCACCAGUAUACAAUUGUACUUAUAGGAAGCCAGUUCGAACUAAUUUGACUGUCUGCUCCUCAACUCCAAAAGACACUGCAAAGUGUCUUUUCAAAGUAGCAACCCCUGAAUUGACUGCCAUUGAACAUUGUUCCCCACUGUCUAGAGAAACAGAAAUUUCUUACACUCCUACAAAAUUAUUAACUGCUGCUCAUGCAAGAAGACAGCAAGUAAUCCAAAAGGAUUCAGAGAACAGUGAACCUGCAGCAAGCAGUUCCUCUACAGGAGUUAGUUAUAGAAGUAAAGUACGUACAAAAUUAAGCAAAUAUAUUGUAUCUGAAAGCUCAAUGUCAAGGGAUGACAUGGAGGCAUCAUCACCACAAAAAAUUGCUUCUAUUAAUGUUAGCACUAUAAAGCUGAAGAGCAAAGACAGUGGCACUGAAAACUGCAGUGUCUCAAAUGAAAUUACUAAAAGUAUUGCAAUAGAAAGUAAAAAGAGGUUUAAUGAUGACCCCUGUCUUAGCCUGGAUGAUGAUCUCUUUAUUGAUAUAGAAGAGAAUAAAUCUAGUAAAGUCGAGUUGCAUGCUCCAAGUGAACCAACUGAAAAAAAUGUAAAGUCACAUAGAAGCAAAUACCCCUCCCUUCUAAGUGUGACACAGAUUAUUGACCUUGUGAAUGAAUCUUCUGUUGUUGAACUAGAAAACACUGAAGAUGAAACAGAACUUAAACUGCCUCCUCACACACUACAUGAUAUUGUGGAAUCGAAGGGAAUGUCGUCCAAAUCAUUCAUAUCUAAACUAGAUAUAAACAACAAAAAUAGUUACUGUAAUAACAAAGAUAAUCCUACAGAAAAAAAAUUAGAAAACAAGACUGUGAGAGACUUAAGGAAAGUAGAUACCUUGAAAGAUCUCACUUCACAUACAAAUAACACAAGAGCCAUGCUUUCUCAAACUAUGAAAGAGGUGAAUACAUCCAAAGAACUGGACUUUAGUCUGCUUGAUAACAUAUUUUCUCAUGAGGAAGACAAACCUAAGGGUGUAGAGAAACAAAAAUCUACAGCUGAGGACAGUAUUCAUUUUGAUUUAUUAGGGAUUGAUGAAUUUGACUUAAUGUCAGAAUCACUCCUUGGUGAUAUAGAAUUAAAUUUGCAAAUGGAAGAUCUUCAAGGACAGCAAAUUUGUAGGAGAAUGGGAAAGAAUGUUAAUAGCAAAGAAGGUUUAGAUAAAAGAAGUAUAGAUAUAUCUUCAACUGGAAAAACUGAUAAUAGUUUAGGAACAAUACCAAGACACCAAAAGGAUUUAAAUUUAACAAAUGACAAAUCUACUAUAAGACUGAGUUCCAUAGGUACAGUUUUUUCACCUACUCAGGAGGACACCCAAGCUUGGCAGAGGAGAAAAAGAUACAAUGUAGUGGAAUCUGACAGUGAAGUUGCAGUAAGUGAUGAUUCUGAAAAUUAUGUCACUAGAAGGUUUGCUGUCUCUCCCAUUCAUAAGAAUAGUACUAUGGAGGGUAAUAAAUGGAUAUCAAGGAAGAAGAAAAAGAAAUUAGAGGUGCAGAGGAACUUGGAAGAUGAUAAUGACUUUCAAGAGGAUUCAAUUGCUGAUUAUCAUAAGGCAGAACAGAACAUAGAGAAGCCAGGGAAAUUUAAAAAGAAGAAAAAUAAUUUUAUUGAAGAUGAAGCAGAACUUUCAAAAGAUGGUCAGGAUGUUUCUAGUGAUGAGAGUGAAGGUCAUGAAGACGAAUAUGAUAAUAGCUUUGUUGAUGACUGCACACAGAUGACUCAGGAUACAGCUAUUGACAUGAAAGCAGUGUACCUACAGUCAGUUGUAAGUCCACUCAAGAUGGCACUACCAAAUCAUCACCAUCACCGCCCACAAUUGUGUGAUUCAGAUGAAAGUUAUCAAGACAAUGUGGAUGGAGGAGACAGCUUUGUGGUUGACAACAACUUUGUGGAGUAUGACACAGAAUACAUGGGAGAUGACAUGCUAGCAGAAGACCCAAUCAUAGCUCAAGCUCAUCAUGAUGUUGAAACCAAGAAAACAAAGGAAUCCAAGGCAGAAAAUAAAAGCAAAAGAAAGAGGAUAAUUAUAAAUGACUCAUCAAGUGAAGACGAAAUCGUUAUAGAAAACAAGAAAACUAAAACUAGUACUCAUCAAAGUAAUAUUCUUGGAGAGAUAUCAGCAAAAAACAAAAUCACUGGUGUUGUAAGACCUUCAGAUGUCCCCCAAAUUAUACAAUGUAAGGAUUAUCAAAAGUCACAAAUACCAAAAGAAAUAAGUUCAAAUAAACAUGAGUUAUCAAAAUUCUCCAAAUUACUGGAAAAUGAGAAGUUAUUAGACAGUGGUAGCCAUGUCCUGAGUUUAUCCUUGAAUGAUAGUGUUAGUCAUUACAAAACUCAACUUCCUGUGGCAGACUGUGCUGCUGCCAAAGUUGCACCCUUGAGAACAGAAUCUUUUAGUAAUCAAAUGUCAACACCACACAUUUCUGAAAAAAGUGGAAGUAGCUUAAGACUCAAUAAUAACAGGUUAAAAUCUGCACAGGUUCAGUUGGAUUUUUCACUUGAUGAUGAUCCAAGGGAUCUUAGUAUUCAAUACAGUGAUCUUGAAAAGGGUGAUAAAGAAAAACAAGUUGAAGUUUCACAAGCAAUAUGUCACAACUCUGCUCAAGCUUCAGGUACAAAGACAGUAUCUGUAGCUUCCACUCCUGCCUCAGAGGCUGUUUCAGUAAAGCCAUAUAAUAUCAAUGUUGGUGAGACCCAUCACCAUUGGCCACAUCCAGCAAACAAUAAACCAAGUAAUUCUUCAUCCUUACUGAUUAAACAAAUGGCACCAGUGGUCUUAGUGGACUCAAGUGAGAUAAAUAGUGGAGGAAAUAUUGUGUCAAAGCUGAGACUUAACCAUGGAGCCAGGACUGCCAUUGUUCAACUAGAACAUUCACAUUAUGUUGUUUCAAUGCGAAUGGCUGUGAUUCGGUUGCUCUAUUCAGUAUUUAGCAGUAGCCAGGAAAAAGUAAAAUUGGUACAAAGGGUUCAAGGAAUGCUGGACUUAUAUGAUCAACCUGUAAUCAUUGUGGAGAUGGAUCACGUUAAACCUGGGGAAUUCUCCCGCCUGACAAAGAAUCGUUCCAAAUACCUGAACACAAUUAUAUGUGCUUGUGCACAAGUCACACAACUUAAGGUCCUCUACUCUAGUGGUCAAGAGCAGACAGCCAUCCUGUUGUCACAGUUGCUAGAACAAGAACAAACAAAGGGAUACAACAUUCCUGUCCUCCCAGAACGUAUAACACAGAUGGAACAGAUGGUGAAUUUCUACCGAUCAUUGCCCCACAUAAGUUAUACUUCUGCUCUGUGUUUGGCCCAGAACUUCAGAACUGUUGCAGACUUUGUUAACAGCUCAGCAGAAGUUGUACAAGACAAGGGCCGUAUUUCCAUCCAGAGAGCAACAGCCAUCAAACUGUACCUAAGCAGAGGUUUUAGACCAGACAUGUUGCCUCCCCAGUAAUUCUGAGUCUUAUUAUGUGACUUCCAGUUAAUUUAUUGGGCUGCUUCUACAUUGUUAAUUAACUAUGGUGUUAUAUUUACAUGAUUCUGUGAUAUGGCAUUUUAUUGUCUAUUGUAAUUAUUAAAGAAAUGUGACAUCAGAUAUACAAGUACAUUAGCUAAUAUGAGAUAUCAUAUUUGAUAUAAAACAAGUAUGAUCAAGAGGUACAAGCAUAACUGUGUAUGACAUUCACAUUCUUUUACAAAUUAUGCAAUGCAUGCUUAGGAAUUUUAUACAGUAGACCCUCAGUGUAUCAUGAGUAGGACUGAGAAUUACCGUGAAAUAGCGAAUUGAGAUAUCUUUCUAUGUAUAUUAGUAGGAAAUAUAAGGUACAGGAUUGGGGCCAAAAAAAGUACUGGCCAGACCCACCACUAAAAUACUAACUGUAUUUUGACGACAAACCAACUCAUGACACCUCACGAGCAGACAUUACUGCUCAUACCCCAUGACGGCCUCACUUCCCCGGAAACUGAAGCAAAACAAAUAGAAAAUAUUGAAUGCUUUUCCAAGAAACAUUAAAAACCAUAAUUGCAGAAACAUUUUGAUACUACAGUGGUCCCUCAGUUAACGAACGGUUUGGUUAAUGAAUUACCUUCCAUAAGAAUCCUCAAUUCGGUUAAUGAACAAAAAUUCGAUAAACGAAAUCCUUACGAAAAUCACG